AUGGUGACUUAUACAAACCAUACCAACGCCGCCGGUGGUGAUGAUCAUAACAACAACAACAACAAUAAUGAUAGUAGUAGUACGGAAAACUUUCACGGGACAGGAAGCGGCGGUAGUGGAAGAAGUAGUACGAGUACUAGCAGUAGUUCUUCUUCUAAUUACUGCGUAUGGCUUGUUUGCAGCGUCAUGUUUCUAGUGUCGUCGGUGAUGGUCGUGGCGGUUUUCACCAUCGUCUCUUCUUCUUCUUCUUCUUCUUCUAUUGCUGCUUGGUCGCCACCUUUCAAAUUCUCAGCAUUCAAGUCCGCCGGAACAACGACGAAAACAGCCACGCCUCCUAAUAUUUCCUCCUCCAAAUCACUGGCCUACUAUUUCAUUCCCAACAACAUCAUCUCUGCUGCUGCCACUACUACUCUUACUCCUCCACCUGAUUCUCACCUUCCUUCCCCAAUUAUUCUCACAAGGCAAGAGAUUCUGGAAAGAGGACUUGCAAAAGCACGAGCAGCGAUUAGAGAAGCCGCAGCUUCUCAUCGGAAUUUUUCUGUAACCACCUUCUCCGCCCAUAUUUACCGCAAUCCUGCUGCUUUUUUCCAGAGUUAUGCUGAGAUGGAAAAGAGAUUUAAAGUGUACGUAUACGAAGAAGGGGAGCUACCAAUUGUACAUUACGGGCCGUGCAAAAAUAUAUAUGCGAUUGAAGGAAGAUUCAUACACGAAAUGGAGCACGGUGGCAACAGAUUCAGGACCAGAGAUCCUCAUUCGGGUCACGUGUAUUUCAUGCCUUUCAGCGUCACUUGGAUGGUCAAAUACCUCUACAAGCCCAAUACAUACAAUAUCUCCCCACUGAAACAGUUUGCAUCUGAUUACGUGAGGGUCAUCUCCACAAAACACCCCUUCUGGAAUAGAACCCAAGGAGCCGAUCACUUCAUGCUCUCCUGCCAUGAUUGGGGACCGCAUGCCUCAAGGGGCAAUCCAUUUCUUUACAACACAUCAAUAAGGGUCUUGUGCAAUGCCAACUCCUCAGAGGGAUUCAACCCAAGAAAAGAUGUCAGCCUGCCUGAAAUUCAACUUUAUGAUGGUGAUGUGUCGCGCAAAAUCCGGAACCCUCCACCAGCCAACAGAUCAAGACCCUAUCUGGCCUUCUUUGCCGGUGGAUUGCAUGGUCCAAUCCGGCCCACUCUUGUCCAGCACUGGAAGGGCCGGGACGCCGCCAUCCCUGUCUAUGAAUAUCUGCCUAAAGGUCUAGAUUACUACACCUUCAUGCUGAAAUCAAAGUUUUGCCUGUGCCCUAGCGGGCAUGAAGUCGCCAGCCCUAGAAUCGUUGAGGCCAUUUAUGCUGAAUGCAUCCCUGUGAUCCUCUCGAAGCAUUAUGUUUUGCCAUUUAGCGAUGUGUUAAGAUGGGAAGCUUUCUCCAUAAAGGUUGAGAUAUCUGAGAUCCCUCGACUGAAGGAGAUUUUGAUGGCUAUUCCGGACGAUGAGUACAGGAGGCUUAAAGAGGGGUUGAGAGCUGUGAGGAGACAUUUUGUAUUGAACCACCCAGCUCAGAGGUUUGAUAUGUUUCAUAUGAUACUGCAUUCUGUAUGGCUUAGGCGCUUAAAUUUUAGGCUUGCUCAGAAGCUAUAG